AUGGACCCGUUAAAGUACUUGUUCGAAAAACCAGCACUAAUGCGCAGGAUGACAAAAUGGCAACUACUGCUUUCCGAGUUCAACAUCACCUAUGUCAAUCAGAAGACAAAUGGCGAUUGGAAAACCAAGGAUGAAAAGUUGAUCCCCUAUCACAUCUAUCUGGAGAAUCUAACCGAGGAAUUCGAAGAGAUCACAUUCUCUUACAUGCUCCGAACCAAGAACCAGUUUGCAGACGCUCUGGCUACCCUUGCCUCAAUGUUGGAGAUCCCAAAAGGAGUUGUUGAAUGGGAGCUCACUUUCAAGCUCCAUGAGGAACUCACGUUCUACCUGCAGAUAGAUGAAGCUGAAACCUCCUCGAAUGAUCAGCCGUGGUACAUAGACAUCAAAGAAUAUCUCGAGCAUUAG